AUGGAUUUGUUCGAUCCAAAGGCAACCAAGCUCCCAUCCCGCUCUGAGCUACCCCGAAUUCCUGGGGCUCCUCCUGGGGCCUCGUGGUUUUGGGGCAAAGACGACGAGCUUGGUCGUCUGAACUUAUUGACACCCGACCGUACUGCCGCAGCAUCAAAGCUCAUCGACACAGGCGAGGUCGUGAGUCUGAAUUGGCCAAUCCAUCUUCCCGAUCCUCCUAUGUUCGGCAGAGCUCCGUUCAAACACAAGAUCCAUCCCAUAACCGAGUAUGGCAACGACGACAUAUUUGAGAUAAACUCUCAAAGUAGCUCGCAGUGGGACGGCUUGCGGCACGUUAGCACCAAGCAUGGAGGAAAGAGGAUAUACUACAACAAUACGACGCAGGAAGACAUUGACACCACGGCUCGCAUUGGUCUGCAGGCAUGGUCUCGGAGAGGCAUAGUUGGCAGAGGUGUACUCAUCGAUUAUUUUGAGUUCAAGAACCAGUCGUAUGAUCCUCACAGCCGACACGCCAUCACAGCGAACGGCAUCCUCGAAUGCGCCGCUCAGCAAAAGAUCGAGUUCCAGUACGGCGACAUCCUGAUCCUCCGCACCGGGUUCAUCCACAAAUAUAACCAGUUGGGUCACGAGCAGCGAAAGAGAGUCGCCGAGAGCAGUUUCGCGACCGAGGUGGGCUUUGCCGGAGUCGAGCAGUCCGAAGAGAUGCUCGACUUUCUACACAACCACUACUUCAGCAUUGUGGUGGCAGAUUCACCCGGCUUUGAAUGUCUCCCGCCCACCAGUGACAUUUUUCUCCAUAUGCACAUCAUCCCGCUGUGGGGGAUGGGCAUUGGCGAGUUAUUUGACUUAGAGGCACUUUCCCAGAUGUGUAAGAAGCACGGACGCUGGGAGUUCUUUUUCUCGAGCUCGCCUCCCAAUAUCUCAGGAUGCUAUCCCAACGCUUUGGCCGUUUUCUAG